ACCAAAAUAAAAGAUGGCGAUUUCUUACCGUCAGUGCAGUGAUUUGUUUUGAUCCGUGCAGUACAUCGCUCUGCAGAGUGUACAAGUCGCCCGAAAUUUUGUGAAUUUCCCCCGGCGGAACAAGGCCCGAAACACGUAAAGAUUGCGUCGAAGCAUGAACUAGCGCUUACCUGUUUGAGCCGCAGCAACAGCAAGCCGAAAAUGUCCCGCGCCAAGUCACGAAUCCCGGCGGAAAUCUGCGGCGAUUGUGGGAGCUCAGAUCCAUCAUGGGCAUCUACAAAUCGGGGCAUUCUACUAUGUGCUGACUGUUGCUCGAUUCACCGCAGUCUCGGGCGGCACAUCUCCCAAGUGAAGUCACUGCGCCAAGGAAGUUGGUCCCCUUCGGUGCUGGCGUUCGUCAAUCAGCUCAACAGUCAUGGCGCCAAUAGCGUGUGGGAGCAUCUGCUGCUGGAUUCGGUGGCUCCCAAAAAUAUGAAGCGAAAACCAACGGCCAAGGAUCCGCUUCACCCGACCAAGGCAGAUUUCAUCCGUGCCAAACAUGUCAACCUUUCGUACGUCCUGAAACCUUCCCUGGAUGAUGGAGUAAACAACGCUACAAAUCUGGAAGCGGAGCUUAGCAAGCAGCUGCAUGCCAGCGUUCGAUCCGGAAACCUUGAAACCAGUUUGAGACUGCUCGUACAGGGAGCCGAUCCCAACUACUUCCACGAAGAGAAAGGAUCCACACCGCUGCAUGUUGUUGCGCGAGCGGGGCAGCUCUCGCAAAUGGAACUGCUAUUGGUUUAUGGAGCUGAUGUAAAUGCGCUCGAUUCCCAGGGAAAUACACCUCUGGGCGUGGCCAAAAGUUGUAAGCAGACGGCAAUUGUUGACCGAUUGAUAGAGGCUAUGUACGAAGUGACUGAUCGAUUAAGCUACUUUUUGAUGUGCAAGAAACCGGAUCACGCUUCCGGUCAGCAUCUUCUUAUCCCAGAUCAAUCAAAGAAAGAAAUUAGCGAACAUUUGAAGAUUGCUCGAGGCAAGCUACAGUUGAUUCCCAAUCGAAUGUUUGAAGAACUCGUGAUGGAUUUGUACGACGAAGUCGAUCGACGGGAAACGGAAGCCAUAUGGAAUACGAGUGCACUCAAUCCGGAGACCGGUGCCGUACCGUUUCUUCCAACGAAUCCCCAUCUGAGUGCUACAAGGAAUCAGGGUCGCCAAAAGUUGGCCCGCUUCAGUCAGCAGGAGUUCACCGGGCUUAUCAGUGACGUGCUGAUCGAUGCGCGCCGCCGCCAAAACAUGGCCAACCUUCGCCCCAUCGAUUCCCCUCUGCCGUCGGCGCUGUCCCAGUUGCGGAACACAGCGACCAGGGAGUCCAACCUUUCGGACGAUGAGCCGCUGUACGAUGCGGUUGCCUCGGAUGAUGAUUAUGCCGCCCUGGCACCGGUGGCGCAACAGGCACUGGUGAACAAAUCACCACCCAGUGUUGUCUCGAAUGUCGAGGUCGAGACCCUCCGGCAGAAGUUGCAGGAUCAGGAAUCGACCAUUCACGAGCUGCGCGAGCUGAUACAGAAGCUGGCCAGCGAAAACAAUCAACUCAAGUCGCAUAUCGACUCGAAGGAAUACGAUGUGCAGUUACGAAUCGACAGUCACUUGAACGGAUCUCCCACUGGCAACCCGGAUGAAUCCGAACCAACGUCCGAUGGACGACAGUAUGGCAAGCGACCGGUGAGUAUGUACGAAGCACGGCAGCUACAGCGGGACGAAAACCGUCCCCCAAUCACUCAAAGUUUAUACUCGAUGGCACCGUUGGCCGUGAACAAUAGCUCCUCAGUCGCGGGCGGAUCCAGCAAAAAUAAUAGUGCCGGCUCGGACCUCAACACUUCGGGCAGUGGAAGCCACUCUCAGUUGCCGCUGUUCGAUGAGGUGAAGAAGCGCACCGAUUUGGUAGCGAGACGGAUCAAGGAACUGUUCGCUGCGAUGCAGGACCUCGCGAAAACGGACGCGUUUGUUCCAUGUGCCGAACGGAUACGGCUGGCGGUGGCCGAACUUAUUGCCAUAUUCCCGCCGACGAUGCGCGAAGAAACUCUCCGCAAUGCGCUUAAGCAGCUGAAUUACAACACAAAUCUAAUUCAAACCGAAUGCACACGGUUACAGCGUUCGUUCAUUGAGGAAGGCAGUCACCAGUCGGUGCUGUCCGACAGUAUCAAACUGAACAUGGAACAAGUUCGGAAUUGUGCUUAUGACUUGGCCAUGUCCACCAAGAUAUUGAUCACCCAUUUUCAGCAAACUUGAGACUAUAGAGAAGCAAAAAUUACAUACCAACCACGCACCUUUUUCGGUACGGCGAUUGACCAAUAUUUAUACAUACGACAUACCUUUUAAUUUGAUAGUGUGCUUCCAAUAGAACUAGUCGGAAGUGUUUUACGUCCUUAGACCAAUUCAAAGGAUUUGAUGAGUUUUAUUUUGCGGAUUUUUUAUUGUAUCAAAUAGACUGUAAUGGGUUCCACUUAACGGUGAAAAUAGAUUCCACUUUAAUCAUUAACAGAGGUCCUGCCGUGAACUUGUCAGUGCCAAUACAAUUUAAUCUAACUUUUCGAAAUCUAACUUUUUGUAAAAAAAAAUACCACGAAAACAUAAGGUACAGUGGGGUAAGUGUGUAAAGGGUAUUAUACUGCCUUGAAUCGCAUAUCUGUCCCAUCUUUGCUGGGUUUCCUAUUCAUAUGGGACAAAUAUGCGAUUCACGACAGUAUAGUGCAUGUUCAAUGCUUAUGAGGUCAUAAAAGUUGAAUACAAUAUUGCAUAUGAUGAUGUUUAUGACAUAACGAAUCAUCUAUCCCUGGGAGGGAGAAACAGAUUCAAAAAAUGUGUGUGUCAAGCCGAGCCGAAAUCUAGCUGUCAUGACAUGUCAGUGUGAGCCGAGAAUAAAACUCUCGUCAAGAAAAUUUUCCAAGGCGGUAUAACAACAAUAACACACAAAACAAAAUUUAGUCUUUUCAGGUGGCGCCUACGUUGAUUGUUUAUUCUUUUUGAAAAUUUGCUUGUAGCCUGACGACAGUAUUUAUUUAUUUGAUGUGUAGUAUCGAGAGCUCCCUCCCAGAUCUAUCCAAUCUUCAUAUGCCUGCGAACAAAAUUCUAUAAAAAUUUGUAUUGAGUAAUUCUCGCUGAGACCGGGCCACUAUUUUCACGAGGUUCUUAAAAAUGCCUAAAUUUAUAUUCUUUCGAAAGCUUUUGGCGAGUAUAUUAAGGAUCCGAGUUAAAUUCUUCAGAAAGAUUAGUUAGUUAAACACGAAAUCAUUUUAAUGGACCCCUCAAUUUUUGUCAAUUCUUGACUCACCAAAACUAUCAUAACUCCAACAUUUCGCAACCGAUCAUAGAGAUCAGCAUAUCGUAGGAAUGAGGAAGAGUGUAUCCCCAAUUUGCAAUAAUUUAAAUAGAAGCAGCCAUAUUGAGUUUGGCCGCCAUCUUGGAUUUCUUUUUGAAAACUA